AAAGUCUUCGAUCCUCUCGUCAGUCCAUUAACCUCGACGUCGCUCGCCCUCUCUCUCUUUCUCUCUAUCCCUCUAUUCCAUCUCCCCCUCCAAACCCGCGAGUCGUUGUGGUCAAUCAGCAAUACCGGCAAUGAACUCGAUCAAACUCAUCGCAGGAUCGUCGCACCGGGGUCUGGCCGAGGGCAUUGCUGACCGUCUCGGAUUGGAAUUGACUCGGGUCAAGGUGUCGCACAGCUCCAACCAGGAGACGUACGUCGCGAUCCAAGAAUCCGUUCGCGACGAGGAUGUCUUUGUGGUGCAGUCCACCGCGCCCGGCGAGGUCAACGACGGCCUCAUGGAGCUCCUCAUCAUGAUCAACGCGUGCAAGACCGCGUCGGCCCGACGCAUUACCGCGGUCAUUCCGAACUUUCCCUAUGCGCGCCAGGACAAGAAGGACAAGAGCCGGGCUCCAAUCUCCGCGAAACUCGUCGCCAACAUGCUGCAGGCUGCCGGGUGCAGUCACGUCAUCACGAUGGAUCUUCACGCCAGCCAGAUCCAGGGGUUCUUUAAUGUGCCUGUCGAUAACUUGUAUGCGGAGCCCUCGACUCUGGACUGGAUUCGUCGGAACGUAGACUACCGGAACGCGGUGAUCGUCUCUCCCGACGCCGGCGGUGCGAAGCGUGCGACUGCCAUCGCCGACCGCCUGGACCUCAACUUCGCACUGAUCCACAAGGAGCGCCCGCGCCCCAACGAGAUCGGGCGCAUGGUUCUCGUCGGCGACGUCUCGGGCAGGGUCGGCAUCCUAGUCGACGACAUGGCGGACACCUGCGGCACGCUGGCGAAGGCAGCACAAACCCUCAAGAAGCACGGCGCCACCAAGGUCAUCGCGAUCGUCACGCACGCGAUCCUGUCCGGCGCGGCGUGCGAGAUCGUCGAGAAGAGCGAGCUCACCAUGCUCGUCGUCACCAAUACCGUGCCCCACGAGGACAAGAAGAAGCGCUGCAAGAAACUCAGGACUAUCGAUAUCUCCCCCACCCUCGCAGAGGCCUGCAGACGCACCCAUAACGGCGAGAGCGUGUCGUUUUUGUUUUCGCACGCGCCGCCGAGCUGAGCGGAUGGAUGAAGUGCUGGCUGGGAUUGUGUGUGUGCGUGCCAUGGCCGAUGCGGCGGGAGUGGGGUGGGCGGUGGCGGGUGUUAAUGGGUUUGUUCCUUCGCCGCUUGGCGCGGCUCACGUUCGAUCGAUCUCGGAGGGGGCUCUGGGUGGGGGCUGCCCUCUCUCUCUCUCUCUCUCUCUCUCGACUAUUUUGGCUGGGGAAACCUAGGCGAUGAAGUCUGUACCUACCUACCUACCUACCGUGCUC